AACUCGAAACAACAAUAAGUCAUACGCAUCAUAUCAAGUAGUGACUUCACAUUACAAUACAAAAUAAAUCAAGAAAAACUUUGUGAUUCGAAAAAGAAAAUGCCGAGAUCGUAAAAGAAAAUUCAAAUUUUUUUUAAAAACUGUGCGCCCCUCACUCAUCAGAAAGGAUUUAACAAAAAACGAUGAUUAUUUUGAUAAUUUGCCUCAUUCCGGCAAAUGUUUUGUGCGUUCCGUCGCUUGUGAAAAAUGCUAAGACAGCCGCUAAGCCCGCCCAGUUAUCCAUGUGUCCAUCGACCGAGUCAGACGUUAAAAUUUCGAAAAUUAGGAAUGACGAAGUACAUUUCGAUGAUAAUCGAACACGACGCAAUGCACCCGAUAUUGAGCCACCCAUUCAAUGGAGCUACCUUCGACAGUAUAUUUGUGGACCGACCAAUUCCAAUUGUAUGAGAGAUGAGAGCAGGUUACGGCCGGAUUUUCUAAAGAAAAUUUCAAAAAUUGCAUCGUACGAUUGGGCGUCAAAAGGAUUUCCAAUUUCGAAAGAACACUUUGCAGAUGGAAAUCACUUCAACAGUGUCAAUUUGUCGGGUCGUCGAGAAGGUCCACUGUAUGUCGAAGAGCCGAAUUUCGUCUUGGUGAAAGAAGAACCUCAAUCCGAUCUUCUGGACACAUUUUAUCGAGACGAUCCAUUCAUUCCACAGAGAGGAAGAAAAAGCGAUAAUAAAUCGAAGCUUGUCAAUUCGUUUAACGGAAUGCUGACGCCUACACCCAAAGAUAGAAAUCUCUUACAAAAUCACCCAGCAAACACAAUGACUAUGACUCGUCAAUUUGAACAAAGCAAAAAAUUAGCAUCGCCAAUCUACGAUAUGUGCUGUCAGCAAGGAAUGUAUGGUAGUACUGGCAUUUCUAAGUUAUGUUUUGUUCGAUGCUACAGCAGAGGUAUGAAGGUGGAUAUGGAAGACAUUGAAAAUUAUGAUUAUUCGAUGCCUCAGGAAGUGGAAAUAAUUUAGGAUUAACCGAACGUCAGGACAUUUAAAGAUAAACACAAAAAUUGCAAACAUUCUAUACUUUAAUUGUCGGCACAUUUGACUGUCUCAACACAAUUUAAUUCUUUCAUCAAUUUCCAAGUGGAAUUUAGCUGUUGUACUUUAAGGAAAAUUUAAAA